AUGCCUGCAACGAAGCAGGCUGAAUGCGAGGCACCCAAGAAGGCGGAAAAGAAACCCAGCAAGACUGCAGAGGCUGAUCAGAAACGUAAACUUGAGGGUCUGACUGAGGAUUCACCCAUGCGUCUGCGCAUGGAAGCCUUCAACAAGAAACUUCAGGCUGAGAUCACCUCCAGGAUCGAACAACUUGACGGUGAAGGAAAAUUCAAAGUCGAUCAGUGGAAUAGGGUCGAAGGUGGAGAUGGCAUCUCCAUGGUUCUCCAGGACGGCAAGGUUUUCGAGAAGGCCGGCGUCGGUGUAUCCGUCGUGUACGGUAUGCUUCCACCCGCGGCUGUGGCUCAGAUGCGCGCCCAGCACCCCAACAUUGCCACCACAAAGGAGGCCAUGCCCUUCUUUGCCACCGGUAUCUCCUGUGUGAUGCACCCACAUAACCCGAAUGCGCCCACGGUCCAUUUUAACUACCGGUACUUUGAGCUAGGAAGCGUCGACGGCGGCGAGCCUGUUUCUUGGUGGUUCGGCGGCGGAUGUGAUUUGACACCGGCGAUUCUUUAUGAGGAGGACGCGGUGCACUUCCAUCGGGUCAUCAAGGAGGCCUGCGAUAAGCAUGAUCCGCGGUAUUAUAAAGACUUCAAGAAAUGGUGCGAUGAGUAUUUCUAUAUCCCACAUCGGGGCGAGCGUCGAGGUGUCGGUGGAAUCUUUUUCGACGAUCUGGACGACAAGAAACCAGACGAGCUCUUUGCGUUCGUCCAGACCUGCGGCAAGGCUUUCUUGGAUCAGUAUGUUCCCAUCAUGGAGAGGAGGAGGGAUAUGCCCUUCACGGAAGAGGAUAAGCUGUGGCAACAGCUUCGUCGUGGACGCUAUGUCGAAUUCAAUUUGGUCUAUGACCGAGGCACCAAGUUUGGACUUCUCACCCCCGGAGCGCGUAUCGAGAGUAUUCUGAUGACAAUGCCACUGACAGCGAGGUGGGAGUACAUGCACGAGCCAAGCCUCAAGGCCCACGGCCGGCUCAUGGAGGUCCUUCGCACGCCCAAGGAUUGGAUUCCUUUGUAA